AUGGGUGACUACAUUCCCGACUCCAUUGGACUUCAAACUGUCGCAUAUGUUGAAGGUAGAGUCUACAUUCGGCUUCUUAUUUGUCCUGAAGAGCUGAAUAUAUGGGACAGUCGCAUCCGUGGCAGCCUUGGUAAGGAGGAAAAAAAUAGUAUGCAACCAAUACCAAUUUCCCCCCAGCUCUUCGACUUCUGCAUCACUUUCGACUCAGAGGUUCGCUGGACAUGGGGGAGAAAGUGGGGAUUCGUGAGGAUAGCCUUCGUUAUCUCUCGCUAUUUGCCAGUUGCAAGUUUUGCUAUGUCGGUAUAUUGCGCCAUCGAGUCAACUCGUGGAGGAAUCCUUAAUCAUGGGAGGUUCUCCGCUGCAUACAUUUUGUGGGUGCUGUUGCUGCUGAAGGUUAGGAUCAACUUCAAGUCAAGUUUCCUUUUCCCCGACACUUCUUUGGGCAGUCCUACUCGUGACGAGGACAUACGUGUUCUGGGGGGGCAACAAGAGGUUCUUGAUCGCCAUAUCGGUUUUCAGCAUGGUUAUGAAUGCAGCUAUGCUAACCAUUUCGAUGUUGGGCAUUCUGUGCGCGGUGUAUUUGAGGAAGGACGACAUGCUAGCAUCAUUUAUGGUUUGUUGGCAUUCUAUGAGCUUGUUUUGGUGUCCGUCACGCUAUACAAGCGCUCCCGAUUUUCUCGAUUCGAAAGUAGUCCAAUGGUCGCUACUCUAUAUCGGGAUGGCGUGAUUUACUUGCUAUGUAUUACUGUGGCCGCGAUGGCGAAUUGUGUUGCAAUCGCUGUGCUUCCCUCAACAUAUACCGCACUUCUUAUCGGCCCGCAGGUGGUCAUACACAGUGUUCUUGCUUCACGCAUCCUGUUCAAUCUACGAGCAUUGCAAGAACCUCAGGAUGACAUCACAAACAUUACCUCGGAUGCGGUUUUCGUGCCAACCCAACAUUCUGUGGAUUAUUUAGAGCUACGAGGGAUCACAAACGUGUAG